AUGUCGAAAUAACCAUUUUGGAAAAGGUUAUUCUGUGUGUGUACAGGAGAAGAGAGUAAUGAAUAGCGUCCUAAAUCUCGAUCUGUUUAAACUCCAAAUUAAGGGCAUUAUUAGUAAUAGAAAUAGAUGUAAAAUCCAUUGGAAGAAAGUAAUAUCAUGAGUCAAUUGAAAUUUAUGAAUUAGUAAAUUGAGUCACCAUAUCAUUUGAUCACUGAUAACACUUAACAAUGUUGUUUUUUAGUUCAUAAAACUUAAAUGCAAUUUCCAAUAAGUAAAAAUCUUGUUGUCAACUCCAAAAAUCCUAAUCAUAUCUUUGAUCAUCAAGAUGAGAAGAAAUUACUAUUUGAUACUAAAUAAAAUAAAAUUGCUCCUCUACAUUUGAGUCGAUAUAUCGCUGGUAGAUUGAAACCUGCUUAAAGAGUCCUUGAAAUCAACAGUCAAUUCAAUUAACAUUCUAUUCAAGUAUUACAAUCCUGAAUGGUAGUUUCUCAACCAAGGAAUGUCAGUUAUUGCUGUAACCUAAAAUAUCCAACAUUAACAAAUGGGAUGGCAGAAUUUAGAAUAGUUAAAAAUGAAUUCGCUAGAAAUCUCUGUUAUUGGAGCCAAUUUUGCUAAUCUUAGAAUGGAUUGGAAUAGAGUCCCAAUAGAUGCAAUCUUUAUUAACCUUACUAAUUAUAGAAAAGAUAGAAAUGAAUAAACCUAUUAGGGUUUAGUCAAUGCAGUAAGGAUCACAUCUGAUAUUGUGAUUUUAUUAGCUGGCUAAAGAGUUUCCUUCUUAUAUGAACUUUUUGCAAGAUUGACUGUUGAGUAUCCUAAAUUAUUGUAAAAAUAUCAUUUAAAAAAAGAAUUUCUGUGUCUAUUGAGGAAUAGGAAAUUGUAUUUAAUAAUCGAGUAGAGUUUACACUUAUCUUUAUGGGACAAUACUCUAAAUUAAAUAAAAAUCAUUUAAUAGAGGCACUUUAUGAUAGACUAAUAUAUUCAAGCAAAUCUUAUAAGGAAUUUGAAUUAUAUAGUAUUCUUACACCUAUAAUUACUGAUUUGAUUGACAAUAUUGGAUGCAUCAAAGUAAUGAAAUAUUUCUUAGAAUCACUAUAUGAUGUAAAAUAGAAUUAAGAUUUAACAAACAAUUUCUUUCGAUCUUUGGAAUAAAAUAAACUUAUAAAUAGAGAAAAAUUUAUUGAGGUAAACAAAUAUUUCAAUUUUUAUUCAAAAGUAUCUUGCCAAAUAUCCAAUCGUGUCCACUCCUUAAUUAAGUCCAUAAAGAAAGCCUCGAAAAAAUAGUAUUAUUAUUUAAUUCAAUCUAUAGCAAUCCAACAAUAAUAAUCAGUUUCAUUCAACUAUGACCUAUAAGGUUAUAAGACUCAGAAUACUGAUUUCCUAUUAGAUGGAGGCACAUUUACACCCAACAAUAACAAUACAAGUUAAGCAGAAGUUUUGAAAUGA